AUGGCGUUUAUUAAAGAGGAGAGUGAAGAUAUGAAGAUUGAAGAGACAUUCACAGUCAAACAAGAAGAUCUGCAGGAACAAACAGACCUAAUUAAAGACUACGAUGAGAGUAAAGAGGAGGAACAUCAUGUCAAAAUUGAGGACAAAACUCAUUUAGAGACUGAUGGUAUUUUAAAAGUGAGAGACAAGAGUUGUUUAACCUGCACUCAGUGUGGAAAGAGUUUGGCAAACAAAAGCAAAUUAAAGACUCACAUGAGGAUCCACACUGGAGAGAAACCAUUCACUUGCACUCAGUGCGGGAAGAGUUUUAACUGCUCAUCACACCUUAAUCAACACAUCAGGAUCCACACUGGAGAGAAACCAUUCACAUGCACUCAGUGUGGGAAGAGUUUUAACUGCUCAUCACACCUUAAUGAACACAUGAUGAUCCACACUGGAGAGAAACCAUUCACUUGCACUCAGUGUGGGAAGAGUUUUAGCAAAUCAUCGUCGCUUUAUAGACACAUGAAGAUCCACACUGGAGAAAAACCAUUCACUUGCACUGAGUGUAGGAAGAGUUUCAGGCACUCAUCACACCUUAAUCUACACAUGAGGAUCCACACUGGAGAGAAACCAUUCACAUGCACUGAGUGUGGGAACAGUUUCAGUAAAUCAUCAUCGCUUUAUAGACACAUGAAGAUCCACACCGGAGAAAAACCAUUCACUUGCACUGAGUGUGGGAAGAGUUUCAUCCAAUCAUCAUGCCUUAAUGUACACAUGAGGAUCCACACUGGAGAGAAACCAUUCACAUGCACUCAGUGUGGGAAGAGUUUCAUCCACUCAUCACACCUUAAUCAACACCUUAUGAUUCACACUGGAGAGAAACCAUUCAAAUGCCCUCAAGAGUAUAUGUGCUUGGAGUGUGAAAAGACUUUUAUUACAGCUGCAGAAUUGAAACGGCACCAGAGGAUUCACACUGGAGAAAAACCGUACAAGUGUUCACACUGCAGUAAGAGGUUUACUCACUCAGGAACCCUGAAAACACAUGAGAGGAUUCACACUGGAGAGAAACUGUACAAGUGUUCACAGUGCAGUAAGAGGUUUGCUCACUCAGGAACCCUGAAAGCACAUCAGAGGAUUCACACUGGAGAUAAACUGUAGACGUGAUCAGUGUGUAUUAGGUUUGGUUACUGAAACCCGGUGCCAUUUUAGCACCGCUACCUUGGUAACCGGUAUGUAUCGGUAUUAAAUCAGCAUAUGAAUUUCAGUGCUUAAUUUCAGUGCUGCGGCAUGAACGUGAGGGGUGCAUGAAAAAAGGCACAUAUAGGCGUUGUGUCACAGCAUCACUAAACAUUUAAUUCUAAACAACUUUGAGGAAUACGGACAAGCGAUAUCAAGCAAUUGUUAUUGUCGCUAGGGAACAGACGCACACAGUACAGCGCAUUUAGCCUGGAACCAGUGGUUUUCGGUGAGCGAGAGCGACACUCUUCAGAUCAACAUGCGUGAUCACGUUCAUCCAAUUUGCUUAAACUAAGCAUUCUAAAGCAAAUUUUACAAGCAAGGAUUCUUACACAGCAACUGUCUUCACAAAAGUGCGUGUAAUGUU